AUGAGUUGUAGAAGUCUUUCUCCCCUCUCGCACGCCUCUCCUAGCUUCUUCCUCUGACCUCUUCGUCUCCCUUCACUCAAAUUCCUUUCACGACACCUGGAAAAAACCAGGUAGGGAAACCAGAAAGAGAGGAAAAAAAGAUGAAAUUUUUAUCUCUUGUUCUUCCUUCUAUCGCCAUCCUCCUCUUCGCCGGCGUAUCUAUUGCUUCGGGCAUCACUCUCGGCUCGACACUGACGACCACCAAGUCCUCCUGGUCUUCCCCCAACAACACCUUCUCUGUAACCUUCAUCUCCGACUCACAAAACCCUUCCCUGUUUCUCGCCGCAAUCACUUACAUCGGCGGCGUUCCCAUCUGGUCCGCCGGACCGGUGGACUCCGGCGGCACUCUCCAGCUACAAUCCGACGGCAACCUCCGCCUCUCUAAUGCUUCCGGCUCAUCCGUUUGGGAAUCAAGAACUGCUAACCGCGGCGUCACCACCGCAUCCCUCGAUGACACAGGUAACCUCAAACUCAGCAACGGAAGCAGUUUCAUUGUGUGGGAGACCUUCGAAAACCCUACUGAUAGCAUCGUGGAAUCCCAGAACUUUACGUAUAAGAAAUUUCUCCGAUCCGGGGAUUAUUCCUUCACCGUCCUUCAAACGGGAAACCUAACCCUUACAUGGAAUAGCUCCAUUACCUAUUUCAAUAAGGGACUGAACUCUUCUUUUGAUUCCAACAAAACCCUUGAUUCUCCGGUGAUUAUGCUACAGACCGACGGAAUUCUUUCACUUUUCGAUAAUACUCUUCCGAGCUUUGUUAUUAUCGCUUACAGUAGCAAUUUUGGAGAGAGUGGCGACAUGCUUAGGUUUGUUAGAUUGGAUAAAGAUGGGAAUUUGAGGGCAUAUAGUGUUCCUCGGGGAAGCAGCACUGCUACUAGCCGUUGGUCGGCUGUGGAAGACCAGUGUGCUGUAUUUGGGUGGUGUGGCAACUAUGGCAUUUGCAGCUAUAAUGAUUCGUCGCCAAUAUGCGGCUGCCCAUCGGAGAACUUUGUACCUGUGGAUCCGAAUGACAGCACAAGGGGUUGCAAGCGGAAGAUGGAGAUCCAGGAUUGCUCUGAAAACUCUACCAUGCUUGAACUGGACAAUACCCAGUUCUUGACUUACCCACCUGAGGUAUCCAAGGAGCAGUUCUAUGUCGCCAUCACGGCUUGCAGGCAGGUCUGCCUGACUGGUGGAUCAUGCGUUGCCUCAACCUCGCUUGCUGAUGGUUCUGGUCUUUGCUAUCUCAAGUUCUUAGAUUUUGUCAGUGGUUAUCAGUCCCCUUCCCUCCCCAGCACUUCUUUUGUCAAGGUCUGUGCUCCGGCUGAGCCAUAUGCACGGUUAUCUGAUUCAACUCAAUCUCAGACCAGUUCAUCAAAGUUGAAAACGUGGGUGGUGGUGGUGGUGGUUGUGGGCACAGUUCUUGGGCUGGUGGUGGUAGAGGUUGGGUUUUGCUGGUUCUUUUGCCUCAAUGGUCCUAAGUUUGGUCAAUCUUCUGUGCAGUAUGCUCUUUUGGAGUAUGCAUCUGGUGCUCCAGUGCAAUUCUCAUACAAGGAAUUGCAGCGCACAACAAAAGGAUUCAAAGAGAAGCUUGGUGCUGGUGGUUUUGGUGCUGUGUAUAAAGGAGCUCUUGCAAACAAGACAGUCGUUGCUGUGAAGCAGCUGGAGGGGAUUGAGCAAGGGGAAAAGCAGUUCAGAAUGGAGGUGGCUACCAUAAGCAGCACUCACCAUCUGAAUCUGGUGAGGCUGAUUGGUUUUUGCUCUGAGGGGAGGCACAGGCUGCUGGUCUAUGAGUUCAUGAAAAAUGGAUCUCUGGAUAGCUUAUUAUUCUCUGGAGACUCUGGAAAGUUGAAUUGGGCGACCCGGUACAAGAUUGCAGUUGGCACUGCAAGGGGAAUAACUUACUUGCACGAGGAAUGCGAGGAAUGCCGAGACUGCAUUGUUCACUGCGACAUAAAGCCGGAGAACAUUCUACUUGAUGAAAACUACAAUGCCAAAGUUUCAGAUUUUGGACUUGCAAAGCUGUUAAAUCCAAAAGAUCACAGACAAAGGACCAUGACCAGUCUUCGGGGGACCAGAGGCUACUUAGCUCCCGAAUGGCUUGCGAAUUUGCCGGUGACUUCGAAAUCUGAUGUCUAUAGCUAUGGGAUGGUUUUGCUUGAGAUUGUGAGCGGGCGGCGAAAUUUUGAUGUUUCAGAUGACACGGGGAGGAAGAAGUUUUCUACUUGGGCUUAUGAGGAGUUUGAAAGAGGGUGCAUUAAGAGUUUCAUUGAUAAAAAACUGCUGGACUAUGAGCUUGACAUGGAACAACUAGAAAGAGCAGUCCAGACAUCCUUCUGGUGCAUUCAAGAGCAACCAUCUCAGAGGCCUUCGAUUGGGACGGUGGUGCAAAUGCUCGAGGGAAUCAUAGAGAUUGGAAGGCCUCCACCUCCAAAGGCAACUGAUAGCUCUUCUACCACUGAUAGUGGCAGCAUGAACACUAGCACCCAUUCGAUUGCUAUUGGUUCUGGGCCACAUCCUUCUUCUUCAAGUUCUGUUCAAGGAAAAACUCCAAAUUUAUCAGUUUCUUUGGUAAACCGAGGAAAGGUUUCUUCAUCACUGCCUGUGCAAGAGCAGUCUGCAAGUCGGUAAUUCAUAUUAGGCACUGGUUUCUUCUGUUAUCUUCAGGCUUUACCAACUGUAUUAUAUGUAAUUUUAUAUCUUCGUGUAGUGUUGUAUUUUAUUUUAUUUUGCUGGGGUGUUCAAGGUCUAGCAUUUGUGCUUUCAAUAGUAUGGUUCAGAGCAAAAU